AUGAAUUUCUUCAACAGAUUUUCAUCGUCUCAUCACUACAAACAACUUUGUCACCUUAAGAAUCUCCAAUUCUUUUCUCGUGACAUCUUCAGUUUUAGUGAGAACGUAACCACUCAAAUUCCAGUGCAAUCAAUAGCUCAAAACAAAAUUGGAAUUCAACAGCAAGUCAAGCUUCUAUACAAGAUCAUUUCUGAGUCUCCAACAUAA